UACCUUCUAGAGGAAAUAACACAAACCUUCAAAGUCGUUUGCAAGGGCCGGAAGAGUUGAAAAUUACCUUUGACAAAGGUCUUAUUUGUGUGGAAAGAUGUUUAUUUCCGUACAUUCUAGAAUAUAAGGAUCCACUUCGAUUAUUGUCUACUAGUGGUGCCGAUUGGGAUUUUCAAGAGGCACCCGACUUACGAGAAAUUCUAAAGAGGUCACUAACCCGAUUUUUCUAUGCUUACAAGAAAGGCAACAGAGAAAAGAAAAGCUCUCCUCUAUUUACUAUCAUGGGUGGUGCAGGUAUUGGAAAGUCAAGGCUUCUCAUGGAAUUGCCACAAAUAGCUCGAUCUGUAGUCGAUAACGAUGAGUUAAAAAAACGCCUUGACGAUGCAUUAAUAUUCAACAUAAGCUUCGAAAAUGGAACAAAUUACGUUCCAGAUAUAGACAAAAAUCCAUUAAUUGCAAUUGGUAUACGAAUGUUAUGGCAGUUACGACCAAAAUCUGACAUGGAUUUUACAGAAUUUCAAGGAUACAAAAAGCAUCAUUUGAAUCCAAAUGUCAUAUUAAAACGUAUUGCUCAUUCUAGACAUCAAAAGAUUAGUGAUCUAACAGUAUUUUUGUUGCUUGAUGGUGUUCACAGGCUAAUGGAACAUUCUGAUAAUGGGUUGGACAAAGAUAGCAAAUUUUAUUCAUGCCUUUCACAAGUAGCGAAUCUUAUAAUUACUUCUGAACCAUUCAUGAUUGGAUGCUGCUCUGCAACAAGCAUGAAGCCCAUGAGGGAUAUUUUAGCAAGAUCUCGACAAUUACGUAUUCAAUUGCCUAUUCCACAACUAAAGGCUCCUAGCCGUUUCCAUAAACCGGUAUUUGAUAUGGAGAAACCCCUCGUGAAGAUUCUUGUUGGAGAUAUGGGUGGUAAUGGUCGUGCACUGGAAGCAUUAGAGCAAGUGAUCCCAUCAAAUUUUGAUGAUCGUUGUAUUAGUGACAUCGUUCAUCAGUUGCUUAUGGAAUUAGAGGAUCUUUAUUCAGAUAUUUUUGAUAAUGCAGACUCUUACAAAGAAUUAUUACGAGUAAUUUUGAGUAACACACCACUCAGUAUUAAUUGUCCUGUACCAGGUACUAAUCUUCGCCCAGAUCAAUUUGCUGAGAUGGGUUUAAUUUGUUUUGAAGCUGAAAAAAAUAGCGCGUUUGGCAGAUUGACUUGCCCUUAUGUGUGGCUAUGGUUAAUGGCACGUGCAGUUAAUGAUCCAAUUCUUUUAAAUUGGAGAUUUGAUGAUUAUGAUGAAAUCCAACACCUCCAUAAUCCUGAAAAAGUCUCACUAGGUGCACAGCUUUGGCAGAAUUUUGAACGAUUUGCAGCAGAUUUUCGAGUAUUAAAAUCAGGGAUAUAUAAAGAAAGAGUUGAACUUUCUAUCCACACAAUACAUCCCGGUAGUGCAUUUGACUCACGCAUAGAUAAUGACAUUUACCUCAAGUCUAGGCCACUAAAACUUGUUUAUUCCUCAGACCGAAUUAGUACGAAGUCCAAUAGUAUAGCUUUUAUUAUACAUGAAAAUGGAACAAUAAAUGCAACUGAUGGACAACACUUGAUUAUAAACGGUGAAGGUGCUCCCGCUGGUGAUAUAUUUUGUUACAUUACAGAAAAAACAUCCACAGGGCAAGAAAGAAAUAUCACUGAGGUCUUGCAGGUAAAGAAACUUGAUCGUAAAACCAAUAUAUCGCUCAAUACAUAUCUUGAGGAAAGGCAUAAAGCUGCUGGCAAAAAUGACAUAUUCCUUUUAAUAACGACCGGAAAAACUCGAAUAAAUUCUUCACAACUUCCUGCACGUUCGGGGAUAGUUCAUCAAAAAAACUGGAAGGAAUAUUUUGGUCCAUUUUCUGAUAGAGCAUUCAUUUAUGCAAACGUAGAACCCCCAGAUAUUAAUACAGCAAGUCGUUGUUGGCUUUCUGAUAUCGAAGGUAUUGGCAACAAAUAUGCUGAUAUUAUAAUUAAGAAACGACCCUAUCAAUCAUUAGAGGAUUGCCAUCAAAAGACUGGUAUCGCGCUUAAAAUUCUUAAGCAGUGUAACUGUAUAAUCAAUCGUAGUAAUAACAAUGAUGGUUUUACUGAAGCAAUAAGAUAA